AAACACCUUUGAAAUUACACCCAAUCCGAGCAAAAUGUAGAAAUACAUCAUACAUACGUUUAACUUUCAGUCGGGAAAAGUCUGAUCGAUGCCUUGUUGUUCGCGAUGGCGCAGGACUACGGAAGACCCCUCGGAAGCGAAUGAGCUGCGGGUAUUCGCACACACCGUAUACAUAAAGGCGGUAGUUUUGUGUUCCGUGUCGGCCUUUCUGCUGAUGAUCAUCUCGUCACUUAAGUUCAGCGUAGUCAGUGUACUUCCGGUUCCGCCCUACAUUUGGCUGCUCCUCGCCCUCGGCAUCCUGGUGGUCCUCGCCUGCCUGCCCGUUCGACGGCUCCGUAAACUGGUGAUUUGGUCAAUGGUCUGCGGAAUUGUGGCUCUCGUAACGCUGACCGGGGCGUGCUAUGUGAGGGUCUACGACGUCACGGACUUGGUGAUAUACAUAGCAAGCAUGAUGCUCGUGAUGAUCCCGUUGCUGAUCUGCGGAGCCAAGUGCCGCAAGCCGUGUCUUCCGAACAUCCUCUUCACCGUAGUGAUUGUGUGCCUCUGCCUGGUGGCACUCUUUCCGCUGGGCAUCCUGGCGCUACUCUCCCACCGGUACUACUUCGUGGCCUUCUCCGCCGUCUUGUUCGUCCUGGGGGUCAUCAUCCUCCCCUUGCAAGCCCAGUUCAUCCACGGACGCCUGCGCUACGAGCCACUUGACCUCGAGCCGAUCUGCUCCCUGGCAUUUUUCAUUGACGCAUGGAUCUUGGUCUUCUGUAUAUGCGUGUUCGUUUGUACCAUUGAAGUAGAGCUUAUUGGCGAUUAUCCGGAGCACUUGGCAGGCUUGUCUACUGUUCCUAGGUAAGCGAGGAAGCUCACCUCAUAGCUACGUUUAGCAUA